UCUUGACGGAGGAGAAGGAGAGUGUGUUUCAGUCUUAACACUAGUUCUUUUUCCCUCCUUUCCUAGGGUUUUAAAGAGGGUUUUCUUCAAAGUCUCUCAGUUCAUUUCCCCCAAAUCGAUACCCAAAACCAACGAAUUUCUUCCACAUUCUUCUUAACUGAGUACCACAGACCUCAACAUUCAUGGCUUUUUCGUUAUUUUCUACGCCACAACAGCAGCAACAACCCCAGUCAUCGCUGUUUCAAACUCAGCAGCAGCCCCAGCCAUUUCAGCAGUCCAGUCCCUUCUUUUCUCAACCUCAGCAACAACAACAACAGCAAACGCCCCAACAGUUUCAACCUCAACAACAACAACAGCAGCAGCAGCAAUCUCAGUUGUUUCAGUCACAGCAGCAGCAAUCUCUGUUGUUUCAAUCUCAGCAGCAGCUGCAACAACAACAGCAGCAACAGCAGCAGCAACAACAACAGUUGUUUUUGUUUACUAACGACAAAACUCCUGCGACUUAUAGUACCAAGUGGGCUGAUCUCCAUCCUGAUUCCCAGAAAAUUUUACUUCAGAUCGAGGAGCGGAUACUGGAAUAUAGAGAUGAGAGCCAGAGGCUCGAUCAGUGUAGUCGGCUUUAUGAUUCCUCAGUUUCCAGUUAUGGAUUUGAGCAAGACGCAAGCCACAUUGUUCAGGAGCUCAGUGGAAUUAGUACCGAUAUGGAAAGGCAGAAAGCUUUGCUGUUGGAACUAAUGAGAGUCGUGAAAGAUAUGUUACGAAACACUGAGGUUGCCGUUCGUUCUUUCAUGAUGCUACGUCCAAGGUUUGUUCAUCCAAAUGCAGGAAGUGCCUCUAUUGCCACAGCACCAUCACAGCCUUCUGGAGCAACAGUAGCACCAGGUUCUAGUAGUCAACAAACUGCUACCUCUAUUGUCCCCGUUUUUGAUUUCUACAAUGGAAUUCCGCGAAAACCUUCUCCUUUUCUACAGCAAACAGUUGCUAGGUUUGAAAAGUACCUCAAUGAGUGUCGUCAGUGGAUUGAAGAGUUAGAGCAGUUGCUUUUCUUAGAUUCUGAAAAGAACUCUUGCAAUGCUGCAUCUUUGUUGCAGUCUCUUCCAAAAGUCAUGACAAAUGUCCAUGACUUUUUUGUUCAUGUUGCUGCUAAGGUGGAGAGUAUUCAUCAAUAUAUUGAAUCCAUGAGAACAGCUUAUCUUGCUGACCAACGCCGCCGAGGUGAUGUGAGUGAUCCAUUUCUUGAAGCUGAUCGACGUGAAACAGCAAGACAAGAAGCUGCUGCUAAAAGGGUUCAUCCAACAUUGCAUUUGCCUGCAAAUUCACAACCACCAACCCAAUCUACAGGAUUGGUCAGUUGGGGAGCUCAAGCAACAUCAAGUACACCACAGACAAGUACAGCUGCUCCAGUAGCUUCAUCAGGGAGUGGGUUUUCGCUCUUCAAUACACCUUCUGCUCCAUCUUCCUCCAUGCCUUCUCUGUUUGCGACACCAGCUACUUCUGCUCCAACAUCCUCUCUGUUUGGAUCAUCUUCUGCCACACCGCAGACAUCUCUUUUUGGUUCUUCAUCAUCUUUAUUUGGGUCUAGUUCCACCCCUUCCCUGCUUGGUAGUACUGCUCCAGCUUUUGGUUCUGCCACUCCUGCCGGAAGUUCACUAUUUUCAACACCAUUUGCUUCUGGUGCUGCAAUGGGUUCUGGGGCUAGCUUUGGUGCUGCAUCUAAAUCAUCAAAGCCAAAAUCUCGAACUGGCCGGCGCUAGUCAUUAAUGACUCCAGGUGGUGAAAUCUGGAGGCAUCUUUGUAUAUGCAUAUAGAACAAGUCCUUUGCUCUCCAAUCUGGCCAAAAGAAUUGGGGGUGGAGUUCUUUGCUUUCUCUAUUGUUUCAAGUCGGCUUUUUUUGAUAAUGAGGAAAUCUUAGCAGUUGAGUUCAAGAACAAUGAAGUAUUACCUUGAGAUGCUGCUGGGUCAUGACAUUCAAGUUCUCUCCCAGUCCAUUUGUUCAUCAAAAUUUCAACUAAAGUUAAAGGUGUUAAAUAAUCUCAGAAGUUUUUGAUGUAAAAUUUGUUCGGCUGCCUCAUUUUUUUGCAUGUCAAUUAGUGUAGGCCUGAUUUUUUUGCAUGUUAAUUAGUGACUGACCUUCACACCAAAGUCAUCAAGAGUCAAGACGAGGAUAUCAGCUGAUUUGGUCUGGCAUUGGCGAAUACUACAGAUAAUGCACUUCUGAUUGUAAUAUUGAUGUCAAAUAAAUUCAUCUAGUGACAUUGCUUAGCUUUUAUUUUUUUUUAAAUUCGAUUCAAAUUUUUCGAUCCAAGGCAUGCUGCUGUUCAUUAAAAUAGUUGGUUUUACCUUCUUUGAUGUGGACGGUUUUUAUUUCUGUGGCAAGAACUUAGUU